UAUAAUUAAAGAGCAAUUAUGGUGUUACAAAUUUUGAGUAUUGGAGAUUUGUUCAGAGGAAAAAAAAAAUCGUCAAAUGCUUAGUAGUUAGUGAGAAAUGACAUAGUCCAUUAUAUUUUUUUUAUUACUUGUAUUAGGAUAAACAUGCAUAUAUAUUAGCAGUUAGCCAGUUAGCAAUGAUAUACUUAAUGAUUUAUUUUUUUCGUCAAUUUUGUUCAUCCAUUACAGUUAAGUGAUUAGCUUCAUGUUUCACGUAAAAGAGCAGUUAUGCCUUUUUUUUUUUAUUUAUUUUUUUUUUUAUUUUUACAAAAGCAGUUGUGCAUUUUUGAGGUAAUUUUAAAGAUUGAGAAGGGCAUUUUAGAAAAAGCCAAAUUUAUCACCCAAAAAGUCCUUUCUCUUUAUAUAGUACUAUAGAUAUAUGAUUAUAUGACCAUUACAAUAUGUAAUUGCAUAUUAGUAAUGAGAAUUAUAAAUUUAACAAAAAUUAUUAUGAAAUAUACAAUUUAAUUAAUACAACAUCAUACUACAUUGUCUUCAUAAGAGUUAUAACAUGUACAUGUUUGUAUAAAAUCAAGUCAAAAUUAAUACAUAAAUUGUGCAAAAAAAAAAGAAAAAAAGAAAAAAAGAAAAAAAAAAAACUAAAUUAUAUACUACGUAUAUAUUUUUAAUUUCAUUCACACUAAAUUAUUUACACUUUAAUUUACUUGGCUAAAACACUAUGCAUAACUACAUAUAUACUAUUUACAAUUUAACUGACACAUGUGCAAAUGCAAAAAUUUGACCUAAAAAUACUCACUUUAAUUGCCAACUUCAUGCAAACUAGAAUAUUCACUGAAAUUUCUACACAUAAUUCAAAAACCAAAUUCAAAAUGAAGGUAAAAUAAUAACCGUUUAAGUGAAUACUUAGUCAAUGAUAAUCAUGCAUGUUUAGUGAGUCGGUUAACUGCAUAACCCAUAAUUUUCUCCUAAUAAUCUCCAACAAACUCUUCAAACUCUUUCAUAUAUACCUCAACGUUACCCCUUUCAUACACAGUCAAUUUUCAACUUAGAAAAAAAAAUUAACCUAAUUAAGAAAAUGGGAAAUUCUUCCAAAUUAUCUCUCAUUUUUCUAUGCAUUUUCUCCCUCUUAAUAUUUCAUGGAGUUUGUACUGAAUUUGAAGUUGGUGAAAGUUUGACCAAAGGAUGGGAAGUUCCUCCUUUGAAACGCCCUCAAGUUUACAAUGAUUGGGCUCAAAAGAAUCGCUUCAAGGUCAAUGACACUCUACACUUCAAGUACAAGAAAGAUUCAGUGAUGGUGGUAUCAGAUGCUGAGUACAGCAAAUGUGGAUCAUCUCAGCCUCUAUUCUUCGCCAACACUGGCGACACCACCUUCGUGUUAGACAGGCCGGGGUUGUUCUACUUCUUGAGCGGCGUGGCCGGACACUGCCAGAGAGGGCAGAAGAUGAUUAUCAAGGUGUUGGACGUGGAAAGUCCACCUGCUCCUGGUGAUGAUCAACAAUCUGGUGAUGAUACAGCUGCACCAGACACUGACAAGAAAAGUGGUGCAACUCAUAAUAAUAAUAAUAAGAUUGGUUUUGUUGGGUUUAUUUUUAUGUUAAUUGUUGGGUUUAAUUUCAUAUGAUAUGAUAGGGUGUGUUUGUUUAAGGUUGUUUCUUGGUUUAUGCAUAUUUGUUUAGGAAUUUGGAUAGGUUAUGUUUUGAGUUUGGUUUAACAAUGGAUUUUAGUCAUGUUAAUUAGUCAUGUUUUGAGGGAUUGAGAUUAUAAUUUAAGUUUCUUGUUUAAUUUCCUAUAUUACUAUUUCAUGGACUAUUUUAUCUUCUACGGAGUAAGAAUUAAGGAAAAUCUAUGGACUUGUUUGGCAAUUACAAAGUAUUUGAUUAACUAUUAGCUAGUUGUCUAGGGUAUGGUGUAUUAACGAGUUAUAUAGGACGUGUACUUAAUAGCUUAGAUUUCAAAACUUAGAUUUAUGACAUAUCAUAUUAUGAUAGAUUGAUUAGUUAUAAGACUUGUACUUUAGACUUAAUAUCACCUAUGUGUUGAAUGACCUUGUCCUCGUCCUCAACUCAACUCUG